AUGGAUCGUGCAAUAUUUGAAGAUCUUGACGUUGUAAUUGUUGGUGGAGGCAUUUGUGGCCUUGCCACUGCCCUUGCUCUUCACAGGAAGGGAAUGAAGAGUGUGGUGUUGGAGAAAUCAGAAUCAUUAAGAGCAGCAGGGGGGGCCAUUGCAAUUCAGCCUAAUGGAUGGAAAGCUUUGGAUGUGCUUGGCGUUGGUUCAAAGCUCAGGCCAAGUACCAUUCUCCUUCAAAGGAUACGAGAAAUAUUUCUCAAUGGCAGCGAGCAACAAGAAGAAAUUAUCUCCUACUCGAACAUUGGGGAAACUCGUUGGGUAAAAAGAAGUGAUCUAAUUGAAGCUCUAGCUCAAGAUCUCCCACUAGGUACAAUACGCUUUGGAUGCAAAAUUGUCUCUUUGAAAUUGGACACAAACACAUCUUUUCCCAUUCUUCAAUUGAAUAAUGGCACUACAAUUAAAGCCAAGGUGUUGAUUGGCUGUGAUGGAGCCAACUCGGUGGUUGCUGAUUUUCUUGAGUUGAAACCCAAGAAGCUUCACUCUUCAUGUGGAGUGCGAGGAUUUACAUAUUUUCCUAAUGGUCAUGGAUUUGCCCCCGAGUUUGUCCAAACUAUAAGAGAUAACAGUAUGCUUGGAUUAGCUCCGGUCACUGAUAAUCUGGCUUUUUGGUUCGUAAAUCACCAAUGGCAUCCUCAGGAUUUAAAGGCGUUCAAAGAUCCAAAGAUAAUCAAACAAAUGACUCUAGAAACCAUGAAGGGUUUCCCUAAGAAAAUGAUAGAUGUGGUACAAAACUGUGACCUUUCUACCCUAACAUUUAGCCAUUUGCAUUACCGUGCCCCAUGGGACAUAUUACUAGGCCAAUUUCGAAAAGGAACCGUGACAGUGGCUGGAGAUUCGAUGCAUGUAAUGACACCAUCCAUCGGCCAGGGUGGCUCAACGGGUAUAGAAGAUGCAGUUGUACUUGCUAGAUGCAUGGCAAGAAAAUUUCAUGCCAAUAAUGAUCAUAAAAUAUUCAAAGGUCAGAAGAUAAUUGAAGAAGCAAUGGAUGAAUAUGUGAAUUCGAGAAGAAUGAGAUUGGUUCAAUUGUCUACACAAUCUUUACUUGUUGGUUCAUUGUUGGAUUCUUCUUCAUUGCUUGUGAAGUUGAUAAUUUUGGUGCUUUUGGGCGCUUUGUUUAGGGACAAAUUUGCUCAUGCUCGAUAUAACUGUGGUUGUCUUUGA